ACUGCGUGAGGAAGAUGGCGGCGGUUGCUGUGGAGUGUGCCGCUGCUGGAUAAGGUGUCGUUUUGGAGAUCGCAUUUUGUUCAGGAGAUUCCUCCGCCCCACUUCGUUCCCUUUCUCUCACUGAGCGGAUUAGACCACCUUUCCCUUGCGGUCCAAGCCCGGGUCCUUGAAUACUGAGGCCAGCCAGCGGCUUGUGUGCCUGCCCCAGUUUCUCCUCGGCUUAGGGGCCUGAGGUCCGCCGCCUGCACGGUCGGCCCCGGCCGCGUCUCCGGAUGGACGCGCACGGCAGCAAUGUGCCCGCAUUCCUCACCAAACUAUGGACUUUAAUCGAGGAUCCCGACACCAAUGACCUGAUCUGCUGGAGUGCGAGUGGGAACAGUUUCCAUGUCUUUGACCAAGGACGUUUCGCAAAAGAGGUGCUUCCAAAAUACUUCAAGCACAAUAACAUGGCUAGCUUCGUCCGGCAGCUCAACAUGUAUGGCUUUCGUAAAGUUGUGAACAUUGAGCAAGGUGGGCUUGUGAAACCAGAAAAGGACGAUACGGAGUUUCAGCAUGUUUACUUCAUCCGGGGUCAGGAACAUUUACUAGAAAAUAUCAAGAGAAAGGUAACCAGUAUCUCAACUGUAAAGCCAGAGGAGAUCAAAGUCAGGACCGAUGACGUCAGUAAAAUUCUAAGUGAUGUUCAGAUCAUGAAAGGGAAGCAAGAAACCCUGGACUCCAAACUGCUCACCAUGAAACAUGAAAACGAAGCAUUAUGGCGGGAGGUGGCAAGCCUGCGACAGAAGCACACACAGCAACAGAAAGUUGUAAAUAAGCUGAUUCAGUUCCUGAUUUCACUUGUACAAUCCAAUAGAGUCAUUGGAGUGAAGAGGAAAAUCCCCCUCAUGUUAAAUGACAGCAGCUCAGCGCAUUCCAUGCCAAAAUACAGUCGUCCAUACUCUUUGGAACCUCUGCAAGAAUCAUCAGCACUGACGCAGACUACCACAAAUUUUCCAGGAAAUAACUGCUAUUCAUCUGACAACUCUACGGCCUCUGGCCCUAUAAUUUCAGAUAUCACAGACUUGGCACAAUGCAGUCCUUCGCUCUCCCCAUCGCUCAACGUGGAAAGAACCAGCCCAAUGGUUCAUAUUAAAGAAGAGCCUCCAAGUCCUACAACUAACCCAGAGGUUGAGGAGGUCAGCCCUGUUGUCACUGGCACUGAGGAACCCCUCUCACCAUCAACCUUUAUUGAUUCUAUUCUGGAGGACAAUGACACAAAUGCCACACCACCACCACCCGAGGACCGGUGCCUCAGCGUGGCCUGUCUUGACAAUUUGAUUCAAGCCCAGCAGAUGUCAGAGGUCAAUUGUGUUAUCUCCAGUCUUUCCUCCUCUACUCACCCCAGACCACUGAUAGGAAAUGAUAUCUACAAUCACUUGGAUAGAAUUGAUUCGAGUUUGGAUAACCUACAGAACUUACUGUCAGGACAGUCUUUCAAUAUGGAAUCCAGCACGCUCUUAGAUCUGUUUAAUCCCUCGCUGUCUGCCAUUGACCUGAACUUGCCAGAUGUGGAGGGGAACCUAGCAGAAAUGCAAGAUAUGAUGGGCUGUCAGGAUCAAAAAGGUUCAGAGACAGAUACAAGCACUUUGGAGGCAGGAAAACAAGUCGUCCAGUACAAUGCCCCACCUCUACUAAUGGUAGACAGCAAAACCAGUGACACAGGGGACCUCCCGGUCUUAUUUGAGCUUGGAGAUUCUCCGUACUUCCAGCCUGAAGACAACCUAACCCUGGAUCCCACAGAUGAUGACCCACUGUCCCUCCUAUCAAGCAGCAACCUGUCACACACAAAGGAUCCACCUGUGUCCUAACUCCAGGAGAGCCCUCUCCCUAUUUUCCUCCACCCAAUCACGCUCCGAGUGCUGAACUUCUUGUUCAAAAACAGCUUUCUGCUCCAGGAGAGGACACAAGAUGAGAGAGUGAAACUGUAUCUUUAAAUAUUUCAUUUUAUCCAGUUUGCAUUUCUAGCCUGAUAAACUGUUAUUGCAAGUAGAGAGCAGCCUGGGUUCAACCACAGGGAAGUGUAUCAUGGGGAUCCUUCUCCUGUUAAGUCCCAAUAUCAUUGAUUAUGGACAAGAUCAGAUUGCAGACCGCAAUUUUCUAAUCUUGAUUCUCCUACUUUUAGCGACAGAGAGCAGUUAGACUCUAUUGCCCUAAUAACAAGUUCUGUUGGAGGAAAAUUUUGAAACCACUAUCACUUUUUUCUCCCUGAGUGAAGAGAGGCAGUUUUAUUAUUUUAAUUUCUGUUUUGUGUUGUCCCUACUUUUCUCCCCCUUCCCCUUGCCUUCCCUGUCCUUGUUUUUGUAUAUUUACACUUUAAUCCAGUUGCUGAUAAGUGAAGAUGUAUUUUUGAUUCCUAUAUUAAAAAAAAGUUUUUUAAAAGAGGUUAAUAUUCUAGCUUGUACUCUAAAGUCUGCAAUGAUGUGGUAGAAAGAAGGUUUAUUUUUUUAUGCACUAUAUUUUGGGAGCUUAUAAAAUAGUUUCAAAAAGAAUCAGAAAUUGAAACAUAGGGAAAAGGGUUGCUGUUUUCACAGAUGAGUAUAAUCCAUGUGCUCUGCUUCUCACAUUUGUAAUUCACAUAUUCACAUUGAAAACAUGCUGAAUCCACUGAAUUUUUCUUUCCAGUGCUGGUGAUAGGUUAUUUCACUGGGAGAGCGAUGGAACUUUACCAGUAAUAUAACUGCUCCGUCUUUGGUCUUUUGGCCCACAAUCUCUGCUGACUUGCUAGUGCAGUCCUGAGAAGGCAGAGGUGAGGUGUGGAUUAACCUGCACAGUCCUUUUUUCAGAGGAAGUCAGGGCUCCCCCAAUUAUCACAGCAUUUCUCUUUUUUCUGUUCAUCCAUUCUAUCCCCAGAAUUGUUCUGGAGCAGGUAAGGUCUCAACAAAGGCCUCUAAAAGAGAGAAUAUAAGUACUCCAUAAGAUAUAGGAGCAGAAUUAGGCAAUUCAGCUAUUGAAUCUGGAGUCUGCUCCAAUCAUGACUGAAGUGUUUCUGAAUCCCAUUCUCCUACCUUAUAAUCACAGAAUCCCCACAAGUGUGGAAACAGGCCAAUCGGUCCAACAACUACACCGACUGUGCAAAGAGCACCCCACCCAGACCCAUCCCCCCACCCUGUCACUGUAACUUUGUAUUUCCCAUUGCUAAUGCAUCUAGCCUACACACCCCUGAACACUAUGGGCAAUUUAGCAUGGCCAAUCCACCUAACCUGCACACCUUUGGACUGUGAGAGGAAACCGGAGCACCCGGAGGAAACCCACACAGGCACAGAGAAUGUGCAAACUCCACACAGACAGUGGCCAGAAGUUGGAAUCAAACCUGGGGCCCUGGUGCUGUGAGGCAGCUGUGCUAAACACUGAGCCACUGUGCCACCCCUACGUUCUUCCCAUAACAUUUGAUCCCCUUUCUUAUCAAGAACCUAUCUAUCUCUGUCUUGACCUCUACAGUACAGUCUUACGAGGCAAUAAAUUCCACAGAUUAACCACUCUCUUGCUGAAGAAACCUCUUAUCACAGCUCUAAAGGAUCACCCCUGCCCUCCGAGGCUGUGCCCUUGGUUUCUAGUCUCUUAUGUUAGUAAAAACAUUUUCUCCAUGUCCACUCUAUCUACAUUUUCUGUAAGAUGUCCUCAUCCUCCUAAAUUCCACUGAGAGCAGACCAGAGUUGCCAAAUGCUUCUGUUCUACCAAACCUGGUGAUCAUUCUUACAAACCCCUUCCAACACCAGCACUUCCUCCUUAGGUACUGUGCCCAAAACUGUUCACAUUAUUGCAGUCUGACCAGAGCCUCUGAGAUAACAAGGUGCAGAGCUGGAUGAACACAGCAGGCCAAGCAGCAUCAGAGGAGCAGGAAGGCUGA